AUUGAAUCCUAAAUCAUUGGAUUAAUACGCUGAUUAAACAUGGAUGCGAAUGCCAUUGAUCUUCCGGGAAGUGUUUGGAUUAAAGUCAGAGAAGUGUUGGACACGAAUCCUGCACCAAGGAACUGGAGAGCCUUAAUUGGAACUUUGGAAACAUCCAACAUGAUACAUCAGAGAUACAAAAUCACCCCUCAGCAAGUCGAGCUCUGGGCUCAAGGGAUCGGAAAAGAGAGUGCAGCAGGGAAUCUGAUUACAGAGUUGGGCUCACAAGGCAUGACCGUCGGGGAUCUGACAGCUCUGCUGGAAGAGACAGGCAUCGAUACGUAUCUGCUGGGCCUCUCUAGUUAUGAGGAAAUAAAAAUCACACAUAGCCCAGGGAGAAAAAUGAAUAUCAAUGAGGGAGAUACCCUGGUGUUGGAGAUAACGGCCACGGGAAAACCACACCCACGUUUUCAGUGGUUCUUUUGUCCAGAUGGGCAAAAGGAGUUUAAUAAAUUGAAGGGAUGUACCGAUAAAACGCUCAAAAUAAUCAAUCUCACUUCUGCUAAUGCUGGUAGUUAUUCAUGCCAGAUCCACAACUGUUCCGAUCCCCAGGAGACAAAGAUUACUGAAAUAUCCCACGUGUCUAUCACGUCAAAACAGAACUCCGUCUCUGAUCGGCUUAACCCGCCAGUUACUGAGAAACUUGCAAAAAUGCCUCUAACACCAACGACUAUUCGUCACACUGGGCAAGAUCAUGAAAUAACGAUAAUUUCUCAUCCAACAUCAAAGGAGCUUGAGUUGGGUGACCGUGCCUUGUUUAUGGUGGAGGCUCAAUGUGGUUUGCCCCUCCGAUACCAGUGGAUCAAGGACGGGAAAGAAAUUAUAGGUGCAAAUGGCUUUAAGUACAAGAUCGACAACAUACAAGACGCGAGCUACAAAGGCGUUUACCAGUGUGAGGUCAAGGCCAUGAGCAUGACGGUAGACGGGCGGGAAAUUCAGAGCAGUCGCGUGUUAACAAACCCAGCCUUGUUGGAUCUUCAUAUACACUCUGCCAAUCUAUAUAAACGUUAG